CCUCGAGUACCAUGACCCUUCACAAAAUUCAAACCAUUUUUUUUGAUUCAAACAAAAUUCAAACCCUCAUAUUAGACAAAUUAGCCUAUUUCCUAAUGUCAACAACUCAAGACUAUUUGCACCAAAAAAAAAAAGAAACAACUUAAAGAGUAACUUGAAAGCCUCAUUCAUGACUCAACCAUAGAUAUUCAUAUUUCCCCAGUGGCCGGCAAGGCGGCAACAGGGAGGAAUCCUGGAACUUUUUUUCCCUCUUCCCCUUCUCUCUCUCUCUCUCUCUCUCUCUGAAGUCUGAUGCGACACAAUUUCCAUUGAAGAUGUUCGACGCCGCCGUUUCAUCACACUCCUCGCUUGCUCCCUCAUCAUCUCAACCCCGCUUCCAUUUUACGCCACCCUUUAACAACCACUCCGCCGCAACUCUCAAUUUGCCUAUAACCCACCUUAAACGAUGUCGUAUUCGCAUUGUAUCUUCUAUCAAUCCUACCACAAAUAAUUACACUAAUUUUCAGGCAGUUUUACCCGAUAAGUUUCCAGAAGCUUCCCUAUCCACCCCCGAUUCUUCCCCUUCUCUUCCUAGGCCGUUGUCCUCUAGUAUUGCUUCGAAUUCUGAUGGGUCUCGCCUUCGGGUUGCUUACCAGGGGGUUAGUGGUGCAUAUAGUGAGCUUGCUGCUGAGACUGCUUAUCCAAAUUGUGAAGCAGUUCCCUGUGACCAAUUCGACACAGCCUUUGAAGCUGUUGAGCGCUGGCUUGUUGAUCGAGCGGUUUUACCGAUUGAGAAUUCUCUGGGAGGGAGCAUUCACAGAAAUUAUGAUCUUCUUCUAAGGCACAGGCUGCAUAUAGUCGGUGAAGUGAAACUUCCAAUUCGGCAUUGCUUGUUGGCGAAUCCUGGUGUCAAGAUUGAUGAUCUGAAAAGGGUGUUAAGUCAUCCUCAGGCUCUUGCUCAAUGUGAGCACACAUUAGCUAAGUUCGGAGUAACCAGAGAAGCUGUCGAUGAUACUGCUGGUGCCGCAAAGUUUGUUGCCUACAACGAACUGAAAGAUGCAGGAGCAGUUGCAAGUGCUGCUGCUGCAAGGAUCUAUGGCUUAAAUAUACUGGCUGAAGAUAUACAGGAUGAUUCUGACAAUGUUACUAGAUUUCUAAUGCUAGCCAGGGAACCCAUAAUUCCAGGAAGUGAUAGGCCCUUCAAGACAAGCAUUGUUUUCUCUCUUGUAGAGGGUCCUGGUGCACUUUUCAAGGCUCUAGCUGUAUUUGCAUUGAGGCAUAUCAAUCUAGAAAAGAUUGAAAGUCGUCCAUUGCGAAACAGUAACAACGGUUCUUCGAAGUGCUUUGAUUAUAUAUUUUACUUGGAUUUUGAAGCAUCUAUGGCUGAUUCCAAUGCACAGAAUGCCCUUAGACAUCUUGAGGAGUUUGCUACUCUUCUGCGAGUGCUAGGAAGUUAUCCAGCAGACACACGGAGGAGGUGAUCACCGACAAUUAGUAGGGUUUCAUCUAUAGGAAAAGAAUCAAUGUUUCAGAGACACUUAUUUUGUUAUGUUCAAUCUUGUCCUUUGUUUAUCAACUGCAAAAUCCGUACAAAACCUCAUGCAUCAAGACCAGCUCCGGAAAUUCCUGAACUACAGAUUUUGUUGCUAUGCAUGACGAAUGUUUUCGUUGGAAACUAAAUUUAGGGACAGUCAGCAGCCAGUUAAGUUAGGCUGGGUACAUCUUGACCUAUGGUUGACAUGAGUGGGAUAGACAACAAUUGUUUAAAACAUUCUAUGCAUUUCCAAUUGAACAAGUUUGAGCUCUGGAUGAUGCCCGAGUUUUUGCAUGAAAAAUUGUUGAUGGCUUCGCAGGUAAAAUCGUUUAUAGAAAUUUGUAACACGUCUGUGUCAAUUUUUAGCUUAUCAAAGUUGUAUUACCCUUUGUUAAAAUUGAUUGAUUUUGAGCGGAGAAGUAUAAGACUUCAGUUUAUCAAUAGAUAAGUAUUUAAUGUGA